CGGGUCUUGGGUCUUGGUUUAGGUUCAGGUCUAGGUCUUGGGUUUGGGUCUGUCCCGGUCUUGGUCUGGGUCUCGGGUUCGAGUUUGGAUCCUGGUCCCAAGCCUGGGUCUGGAUAUAGGGUUCGGGCUCGGGGUCUUAAGUUUGAGUUUGGGGUCUAGGUUUGAGUCUGGGUGAACAAGAAUCGCUGCGUGUUUGAAGGCUACUCUAGAUCGAUUUCUUAUAUUGUCAAUGAUGUAAAAAAUACUAUAGAUUAUUAAUUGUAAAUAAUAGGAAGAUUACAAUGAGUGAGAGAUAGGAAAUUACAAAUGUAAUUAGUCGAGUGAUUUGUUGGAGCUGUCUCGCUUGGAGUUUCGGUGGUUUGUGUUGUAUAGUUAGUGUUUGUAUUUGCUCGUUCAUUCAUAAUGAAAUUUAUUUUCUUUUUGAUAAAAAAAUAUAUAUUUAAUAUAAAAUAAAAAUUAAUAAAAUGGAGUAUAAAAUUAAAAUUAAAAUUAAAAGAGGAAAAAAAAAAAAAAAAAAAGCACGCAUAGGAAUGUUGAAGUGCAGGGUAGAAUUUUGGAUAGAUAUAAAAAUCUGUGUGAGUUUGCAAAUAUUUUAUUUAUUUCUUAUACCUUCGUUCUCUUGAGUGUGGACAGGAAAGAAAGAAACUUAAAAAUAGCGUCCCUGCCUUGGGGCUGGAAUUCUUCUCUUCCUCUCCUCUCCGAUUCCAUUUGCGCCCAAAAUUAUCGUUUCUUUCUCGAAAUUCGCACUAAACUCCUAAUUCUCUCUCUUCCGCCGAUUCUCUUGUUCGCCGGCUCUCUACCCUUCGUCCCUGUCAGAUUUACUGGCAAACUUCCUUUUGUAACUAUUUAUGGGUGCUCCCAAGCAAAAAUGGACCCAAGAAGAAGAAGCAGCUCUUAAAGCUGGAGUUGUGAAGCAUGGGGCGGGAAAAUGGCGCACAAUACUUAAGGAUCCAGAAUUUAGUGGUGUCUUGUAUCUCCGCUCAAACGUAGAUCUCAAGGAUAAAUGGAGAAAUAUGAGUGUCAUGUCUAAUGGAUGGGGUUCUAGGGAUAAGGCUAGGGUAGCUCUUAGAAGGAUCCAACAUGUUCCUAAGCAAGAUGAAAGCACUUUUGGUAGCGGUGGUGUUCAAAGUGAUGAAGAAUCUGCAGAACUUAUGCCUCCUGCCGCAUCUAGUGAUACACAGCAGAUGCAGCAGAGUUCCGGCCCAAAAAGAACUAUUGUAAGGUUGGACAAUCUUAUCAUGGAGGCUGUGGCUAGCUUGAUGGAGCCUGGGGGCUCUAAUAAGACAGCUAUUGCUAAUUAUAUUGAGGACCAAUACCGAGCUCCUCCAGAUUUUAAAAGGCUAUUGUCAGCAAAAUUAAAGUUUUUGACAUCAAGUGGUAAACUCAUUAAGGUCAAACGCAAGUAUAGGAUAGCACCUACUCCAUCAUUAUUCGAAAGGAGGACUUCCUCAGCAAUGCCAAUGGAAGGUCGCCACAGGGAUUUUUCAAACUUUAGUAAUGAUGACAUUUCCAUACUUACAAAAGAUCAGGUUGACUUAGAGUUAGCCCAGAUGAAAAAAAUGACUGCAAAAGAGGCUGCUGCAGCGGCUGCUCGAGCUGUUGCAGAGGCAGAAAUUGCUAUCGCAGAAGCUGAAGAGGCAACAAGGGAGGCAGAGGAGGCCGAAGCUGAUGCAGAAACAGCACAAGCCUAUGCAGAUGCAGCAAUGAAAACUCUGAAGGCGAGAAAUGCCCAGAAGAUGAUGAUGCGAAUUUGAUUCACAUUCACAGAAUGGUUAACAGCGAGCAAUUCGAUCUAAUCUUGGGAUUGACUUCCAGAGACAACAGUAGUGUAGUUUGAAGUUUUUUUCACUCAGCUUCCUUUAAUUGCAAGUUAAAGGUUAGGGCCUUCUGGCGUUGUGUAUGCUAAAUAAUCUAUCUCAUUCUGUUGGUAUGGUAGCAUUCAAUUCUUAUUGGUAGACAGUAGUAAUAGUAUCUUUCCCGAACACUCUGAGAUAGAAUUUUGUUAAUUUGGGAAGUUACACAUUUGCUUGUAUAGCUUUAAGAUGUACAAUCUACAGUUUCAAUAGGAAGUCAUUUAUUGAAUUUAUUUUUGCAGCCUCA